CAGAUCGGCUGUCUCCAGAUCCACAUUGAUCUAUCGCAUCUGCAUCGAGCCGCCGCUGCCCGGGCUAGAUCCAGCUGGCCGAGUGCGCUCAACUGCUGCAUCCUCUCUCGCCCACGGUCUGCCACUGAUCAUUUGGAAGCCUUUCGGUCUGCCCUUCCCUCAUCCGCUGCCCCGCUCACCUUGCAUCAACUUCAUCUCGUGCUCAUGACAUCCAUAGCGCAUCGAUCGCUCGCCCAGAUGCGGGCCGGCAGCCCUCUCGUUGGAUUGCUCAAAUCCAGCGCACUACGAACAAUCCCGCACGCUUGCACCGGAUACGCCGCAGCUUCAUCACUCCACAGCACACCCGCCACCUCGGCACCUCGCCCAAAAUCAGCCCCACCCAAGUCAUCCCAGGACUCGGAGCCGUCAUCGAAUUCAUCGUCUCAGGCACCGAGUUCGGGCCAGAAGCGGACCAGAAGUCGCAAGAAAUCCAAGGAAAGCACAAAGCCGAUCGAGCCACCGCCGGUCAUUGGCCAGCCUACCAAUUUCUGGUCCUCUGCCGAGGAUCUCAAACUACUCGAGGGCCUGAGCCAGUUCGGCCCCAACCGCCUGGCCGACAUUCGAGCAGCGUACUUUCCGCAGUAUACGCUCGGCUCCCUGCAGGUCAAGCUGCGCAAUCGGCUGCUUCCGCGGCUCUAUGCCAGCCGGCAUCAGCUAUGGACCGAGGAAAUGGACCAGAAGCUGCUCGAUGCCGUCAAAAAGUACGGCAAGAGCUCGUGGCUGCUGAUCUCGGAGGAGCUUGGGUUCUGCACAGGCAAGCAGGCCCAGAAGCGCUACUUCACCAUCUCUCCGGAGCGGGUGCGGGCCAUAUGGACGCCCGAGGAAGACAAGACCCUCGUCGAGGCCUUCCAGAACGCCCGGGGCAAACGGGGCAUCUCCGUCUUUAUCGCCAACAAUAUCUUGACCCACCGCAGCCCGUACGAUGUCAACGAGCGGUGGAAGGUCCUUCGCAGUUCGCUGCGUCCUGGCGACAACACCGUCACCGACUCGCACGUCAAAGAAACGCUCACGGAGAUGACCAAAGACGAUGCCUCCGCGACGAUGAUGGCCACGCCCGUCAGCGACAAGAUCUGGUCCGAGGACGACGACAACCGUCUCAUGGAGGCCUAUGUCAGCGCAUCCGAGUAUCUGAGGCAAAUCGGCAACACCAGCUAUCUGGGCGCCCGCGAGUCCUCCAUCUACCAGGUCAUCCGCGCCGGUCUCUUUCCGGACCUGACCUGGCAGACGCUUAGACAGCGGAUCUAUCUGCUAUUCUACGUCCCCGCCAACUCGAUCGUCCUGCGCCUGUCGUCCAAGGUCAUCCACGACAUUGUCUACGCUACGUGCAUCCUCGGCCACAGCAACAGCCGGGUUGCCGAGUCGCUCGGCUGGGACGAGGCGUAUCUCGACAAGGUUCUGCACGAGCUCUGGUACUCCAAAAGUCCGAUCUACACUGUUGGCUGCGGCACCUCCAUCCCAAAUGCCACAGACUGGACGACGCCAUACGAUGAUGAAGCCAUCCUGGAGGCCCUCGAUUCCGAUACGGGUCUGCGUCCGCCGCUGCUGCAGCUCUGUCGCCGACUCGGCCACAUGAAGGUCUUCCAUCUAGCCAACCGAAUCAACUUUCUCUCGAACCGCAAUUUCGAGCACUGGAACGAUAAGGACGACGAGGCUCUGUACCAAGGCCUGCUCAAGUACGACACGAAAUUCGGCGACAUUGCCCAGCACAUGUUUCGGCGGCGAUUCAAGGCUCUGCAUGUCAAGCUGCGAUAUCGACAUUUGCUACUCAACGGAUUCCUUCAGCGGCGGGCAGACCAAGAUGACUUGGCCGAAUCGAAGCAUGAGGUGCGGGCUCCCGAUCUUCCCGAAAGCCUCGCUGACGAUCAGGGUGGUCGCGAGUGAUGUAUUGGGGCCCACGAGCCUCGACAUAUGGGGUAUGCGUCGGGUCAAGUUCUUUGGGGGGCUCGCUGAACGGCGAGCACGGUCGCUUUCGGGUCGUCAAUACAGGCAACACACCGUUUAAGAAGUGUGACCAUAUCAGCAAGAGGCACUUCACAUCACUCACAAAGGCAAUUACGAAACACGGGACACUCCCC